AAGUCCGUAAAAGGUAAAUAAAGGGAGAAACAUCCGAAGUAUUUGGCACGGCAGCGAGUCAAAACAAAGGAAAAGUGAAUCGAAAUCCAUUAUUUUGCGAUUAUCAAGUUGAAAUGCAUCAGUUACCCUGAUUCUGUCAAGCAUAUUGAAUAUAAGUUCACCCCGGAAGGCAAGCGGAAAGUAUGGUGGUGGAGGUAGAACCGGACCUUCCCCACAGUCACUGCGAUAGCUGCUACAACCGUGACUGCCAGGUCUCCCCGCAGCCCGGCAAUGCUUGUUCUCUCAUCAACUGUGAGGUCGAUUGUGGCGCAAGGUUCCAUCGAUGCAAGGAGGAAGAACAUCGUCUACUCUGCCCAUACACAAAGACUCAGUGUGUGAACGCUAUAUAUGGCUGCCCAGUGGAGAUCCAAAGACGUCAUAUAUGUCGCCAUCUGGAGGUGUGUCCAGCCAGUGUGGUUAAUUGUACUAUGGAAUGGAAUAGGUGGCCUGUUUACGCAAGCGAAAGACAGCCCCAACAACCGCUACAGGUAGUACCUGAUAACUACAAUCAGCUGGACAUAGCUCUGGCGCUUCGGGAUCAACGCAUGUUGACAAAGUCUAUGAAGGCAUCAAAACGCACCCGUCAGAUCCUAACCAACGCCCUCAAUCGUCGUCAUCCUGCGGUGCCCCUGUCGGCGCAGCACACGAACGACGUUCCAGAUUCGGAAGAGGAGCAGAGGGAGCUUGUCAAUUUACUUCAGGUUAUGCAGGAUGAGAAGGAAGCAGCCGAUCGGCAGAGAGCUCGGACCCCGCCCGGUCUGCAACGCAGCAUAUGCAACGAGCUUUACCGAAAAAAUCACGAAAGCAACGGCACCGUUGCUGAACCUACCUCCCAGGAGCCUUUGCCUCUCCCCAAAGACCCCUUCAUCCAUUGCUCCCACUGCGCCCGGCGCAGGGAACGGCUUGACCGCGUCAUCGCUUCCAAAGCGGCCAUCCAUGAUCCGUACAAUUAUGAUUUGGAUGAAGAAGACGAUCCCUCGGUGGGCGAUUACGCUAUGACACCCCUACCUGAGCACCAGAAUGGAUUCAUCCACGAGGGGGAUGGGUGCCCCAAUGGACUGGACCAUCGUGAAGGGAGGGAGGAUGGGGUAUUUCAUGAGGGACCACCUGAGGCGGACAGACCGUCGUCGCUGAACUCCACAUUCUCCAGCGAAGAAUCCGAGGUCCAGACGCCAGCUGUCUUCGUCACCCAGUCCACCACCGGUGACGUCUCCGCAGCGCCAACCAGAGGCCAUUCAAAGCCAAUCAUCAUCCAGCCGCCAGCGCUGUCAUCAUCAACGAACAAGAUUCACAGGUUGUCUUCAUCGUCAAACGGGUCACUAGAUAGCAAACAGUCGUUGAGUCUUGAUCUCUCAUUGGAGUCUAUUACUCGAUACCAAGCCAAACCAGAUUCCAUGUACACAUUCUUGUGUGCACAGGAAUUCCGUCGGGAUGAGUAUCCUUACCACUUCCAGAAUGUCCACAGUGAUAUCCACGGCGGGUUGAACGGUUGGAUGGAGCAACGGUGUCCGCUAGCCCCCUAUGGCUGCACCUACUCACAACGGCGUCUCUACCCAGGAACUCAAGGAGCUCACAUCAUCCACAGCGAGAAUCUGGAAAGCUUUGGUCUGUGCCUUGAAGAAUCCCAGCGUGAGAAACCGGAGGUCUCAGGAAGUUGCGCCGAUACCAGCCUAUCUGGAAAUCCUGAUGGCCGGACUGGUGACGGAGACGCCCAGGAAGGUGAGGAUCAAGGAGAACACUACAAAUAUCCUAAGCUUGAUGCAGAUGCAGCUUCAAAGUCAUCAGAAUGUACAGAUAUGGGUUCUGAACAUGGUGAUGAUAAAAGGACAAACUGCGAUGCUCAUAAAGCUGAUAGCAAUAAUGAUAGCCUUCACAAAAACAGUACAAAAUCUAAGUGCAAUGCCUUCCAAGAUGGGAUCAAUGCCAAACCAAAGGAUGUUUCAAUGGAAAGUGAGCUCUGUGUUGACCGAGGAUCAAGUGUAGAGUAUGUCUCUGAUGUAUCAAGUAUGGACCAAAGCGAUGAUACAGAUAGAGGAACUUCCCAUGAGGUCAAAGGUGGGCAACGGGAUAAGAGCAGUACUGAGGACUCCUCACAAGAAGCAUUAGAGGUCGAUAUGACGUCCGACAGUAAGGUUAAUAAUACAGAGUCAGUGUCGAAGGACAUGGGAACUGACUAUCUCAGCCAACUGCCGUUUGAACUGCUGCGUUACUUGUUAAGGUUCUUGGACUGUUUUACAAUCAACCACCUUGCAAUGGCUUCGAAGCUCUUGAGACAGGUCUGCUGUAGUCUUCUUGAGGAACGUGGGAUGGUGGUCCUGCAAUGGGAGAAGCAUAAAGGACACUGGGACACAACCAUGAAGGUGUGGCACUUUAGCACGGCCUUCACUCCGGUCAAGUCCUGGGGCUUCCAAGACAACCCUCCCAUCGCUGAGCACCUCAAACGAUGUCCUUACAAUGUCCGCAACACAGCCACUCAACCAGUCAGGGUCAUGGGUCAUGAUGUGCCAAAGAUCAAGCUGGAAUCUGCCAACGAUCCCCAGAGACAGAGGGAAGCCGAGGCUGUCCAGGCCUGGCGACCUCGACACAGGAGGCUUCUGGAUCAUGAUGACGGUUGGUAAUACUUGUGAUUGGUCUUCUGUGUCUUGGGUCAAGCUUGCAUUGUCAUUGACCUGGAGAGAGAGUGGGAGGAGUAAGUUGGUCAGGCCUGGCGACCUCCACACAGGAGGCUUCUGGAUCAUGAUGACGAUUGAUAAUACUUGUGAUUUGUCUACUAUGUCUUAGGUCAAGGUUGCCUUGGCCAAUCACCCUGAGAGAGAUGCUGUGUCAGUCAGGCAACCUUUGUGCAGAGGACUGUUCAUUGUGAUGAUACUUGUCAUUGAUCUCCUGUUUCAUGGGGCAAACUUGCCUUGGUCGAUGACCCUGAGAGAGUGAAAUGUACAUAGUUGGUCAAGGCACAGCAAUCUAUUUACAAAAGGCUGAUCAUGAAGAUGAUUGAUAAUACUUUUGAUUGGCCUUCUGUUCAUGGAUUAAGUCUACAUUGUCCAAUGACCCUGAGAGAGAGAGAAGCCGAGUUGAUCGAGGCCCAACAAUCUAUGUACAAAAGACUGAUCAUAACGAUGAUUGGUAAUACUUCUGACUGACCUCCUGUCUCAUGGGUGUAGCUUACGUUGGUCAAUGACCCUAAGAGAGGGAGAGGCGCUAUGUUGGUCAAGGAGCAGGGACCUAUGUGCAGAAGACUGAUCAUGUUGACGCUUUCAAAACCUUGUGACUGGUCAAUGAUCUCUCAUUCGAUCAUCAUGAUAGGUAACGUUCUCAGUGCUAUUCUUGUCAACUCAUCUUCUCUCUAUAUUAGGGUGCCAUAGCUGGUUAGGAUAAUGUUCUUCUUACAACUUCAAUUCGGCAACUCUUAUCUCAAAUUAUAAUGAUAUCCUUGUACUACUCCUCAUGUAAUCUUGUUCAAAUUUUCAACAAUAAUAGUGGUUAUUUCAAUGAUGUAAAUGUAUCUAGACAACAGAGGUGUUCUAAUGGAUCAUGAAAAUUAAUCAUGAUCAUUUUAUCAAAUUGGCAACUCCUUUCUGAUAUUGAAUUGUGUUAUUGAUAAUACUCCUAAUAUCAUGCACACUUUGAAAAUUGGCAAUGCUAAGAGUGACACUUUAAAAAUUGGCAAUGCUAAGAGUGACUUGUGUACAUGUUUUUCACACAUUUGAUAAGCAGAGAUGCACACACUAACAGAUCACUUAAAUUAAUCAUCAUCAUUUUUUUAUUAAACUGGCAACUCCUAUGUCAAAUUGAAUUGUGAUCUUUGUAAUACAGGUACUCCUAAUGUUCAUGCCCUGCUUUGAUAUUGGCAACGCUAGAUAGGAAUACGUGAGAUAUAGAGACACAGGUGCAGGACACCAAAAUUCUAAAUUAAAAAAUUGAUUCAAUGUACGUGUAGUUGAUUGUAGCAGUGAAGCGAAAGUGGAUGAUCUGCCAAUUUGAAGAAUGAGAAAUGAUCAAAAAAGGAUUUAAAUGAUGAAAUGUCCAAAUUUAGUGACAUUAUUUUACAAUUGAAUACUGUGGCUGACCUUGUCAUAAUAUCCUGGGUUUUUUUUGUGUUUUUUUGUUAUUAUGAGCACAGAAAAAUUACAGUGCCAUGUCAAGUAUUAAAUCUGUGAAUUUACUGUGCAUUAAUGAAUGGAUUUUGCAUCUGAAAUGAAAGAUAAAUGAAAGUAGUUGCAGUAAACACUGAUUUCACGAGAAAGUCUGUAAAACCAGGCUUAAUUGUCACUAUAUCAUCGAGGAUCUAGAUCUGGUACAGUUACAUAAACUGAACUUUGUGAAAUCUUGAAAUUUACGCUGAAAAAUGUUCACACUGAAGAUCACCAACACAGAUAAGCGCACAUGGGACAGUGUAUUGACGUGUAUUAACGCUUGACCCGAAUCCCGUGCUUAUUUGCUAAUUUCUCAGCAAUUACACAAUUUCUUCUAGAAUCCUUUGGCACAUAUUUUUUAUUCAUACAAACAGACACUUUGGUGGUCAUUUCAUUGGAUUCUGUACGAACUCGUUUUGAUAUCGUUACCACAACUGGCAUUUAUCUUUAACAUGUAUUUGGGUGAUGUUUCCCCUUUGGCAACAAAUCUUCCACGUCUAGGGGUUCCUAAAACAAAGCAUAGCUCUCAUCGUAGAACAUUUUUUUAACGAUUGAUUGCAUUGACUGCAAUGUCAGACCUGCCAACCAGUAUGUUUUUGGCAUAUUUAGUACGUUUUUGCAACCAAAAUACGGCAGUACGUUUUUUCUUUAAGAAAUACGUUU